AUGUUAGGUAUCGGCAAAGAAGCUGAGAUGAUCUAUCCAAUAGCAGUAAUUCUUAUUUUCGCAUCACUCGACACAGUGAAAUCAGAGAUACAAUGGAAAACAGUCAAGCUAAAUGAAGACCUGUCACAACAGCAAACCGGUAUUCCCCACAGCUUCGAUAGAACUGCAAUACAAUUCAAAACUGACAAUGAGGUCGAAGACUAUUUUGAGCAACUCGACGUGGAUUUCUAUGCGGAUAAAGAAAGACUAGGGGGGUUAACCGUGAACUUUCCUUCAGAUACGUAUAAUAAACCAGAUGAUUACUUGAUAAAAAAUUGCAAGAAUAAAAACAGCUUAUUUCCCGAGAACAUGCCCACUGAAGCUGAGAAAUUGUGGAGUAUUCUUGCGACCACAGGAGCAAAUCCGUCUUUUAAAGUCCAGGUCAACGGAGUGGAAGUGAUCAACUUACUCCUCACAGACGAUACAUGUGAUUACCCAAACUGGAGAAAUUUCUGGACACAAGAGAUUGAACUACUGAGAUUUAACUCAUGGCAGAGCGCGUUUCUCGGUUACCAUCUAGAUUCAUGCUAUUGGGGCUAUUACUUGGAUGCUGAUGCUGAUUGCCAAGAGUGUCCUGCAGAUCAUUGGAGUGCAGACGCCGGCGAUACUGCCUGCACACCUUGUCCAGCAGGAACUCACGUGGGCGCAGGGUUGGGAUUAGCUGAAAGUGACUGCACAGAGAACGGAGACGAGACAGACGGAGACGAGACUGAGUCUGAACACAACUACUCUCAAUCAGUUGCCCACAAAUUGAGCGCUCUUCUUGUUGUUCUCCUGUUUGCUUUAAACAUGAACAUCUAAACUUGUUGCGGACUGCAUGAGGGAUGGUUGAACGACAAUGCAUUACGUUAGAAAAACAUGAACUCAAACUUUUAAGCAUGCGAUAUGAAUAUUUCAUAUAUAUAUAUCUAUCCAUAAAUUAGAACGGCCGACCAGGCUGAUUUUUAAAUUAAAACCCCGCCACCAACGUCCGAUUUCUGAUAGCUUUUUCUAUUUUAGAUGCCCAAUUUAAUUUACUUUAACACGCUUGUCAAAUUCACUUUCACAAUUGCAAAUCAAAAUGUUCUUCUAUAUAUAAUAUUAUUUUUUUGAUUUUUUAGCGCC